AGCAUGGCCGUGCAGUGCGGCGUUCGACUUUUCCCAGAGUGCCGUGCGGAGUUUUCGCUUAGCCAUCUUGUUGAGUUAGUAAGUAAGUGUGAGUGAGUGAGUGAGAGAGAGAGAGAGAGAGAGAGAGAGAGAGAGAGAGAGCGAGAGCGCGCGCGCGAGUGAGAGGGGAAGGAAGGGAGGUAGGCAGGCAGUUUGUGAAUUUCACUUCUCUGGAGUUCGCGCAAAAGGGACAUACUAAGGGCUUGGUGAAGUGUUCUAGUAGAAUUGUGUGUUACAGUGUUGGCUACUUUUUACUUACCACGCCGGAGAUAAAGCAUCGAUGAUCAUAUUGGCCGGACGGAGCUGAGUCUGUACUUUUCUCGACAGGAUGUCUUACGUACUGAUCCCAAGGUAGAGCGGAGAAAAAGUGUUUAAAAAGACAAACCAACUGGAUUGGACUCGACCCGCCUCAGACUCGAGUAUCCUUAGCGACCGGGCAUCUUUAUCUGCGACAGCGGCCUGCUGACAACUUGGGAGCCGGGCGAUCAGCUGACAGAGCAGGCCGGCUGGAAGUAGAGGAGAAAGGAAGUUAAAAGUCGCAGAGACAAGGUACGGCAGCAAACGGGGUCGAUAAAAGUUGGAACUGUAUAUAUGCUGAAAUGUAUGGGCACUGAAAUCAUAGAGAAGCAACAGGAGGGAAGCAACUCAAAGAUGUUGUAUGGUCGCUUUGCUGGCGGCAGUAAACUGUGAAAUCGGUUUCCCUCCCCCCCACCUUUGAUUUUUGAUCAAUUGUAAAGUUAACAAGAGGAGAAAAGGGGAGGGGGUGAUAUCUUUCCCAGUGCUCAAUAUGUCUAAGAUGCCGACUAAAAAAAAGAGCUGUUUCCAGAUUACAAGUGUCACCCAAGCCCAAGUGGCAGCUAGUAGCAUAACGGACGAAACCGAGAGUCUGGAUGAUCCGGACGAAUCGCGGACUGAGGACGUCUCAUCGGAAAUCUUUGAUGUUUCUCGGGCUACAGAUUUCGAGCCCGAGGAGGUCUGUGAAAGGAGUUCGUCUGAAGAAACUUUAAAUAACGUGGCGGAGAGCGAGGUCACCACCUUGCUUAUACCUCAGGAUGGGCAGCUGGGGACGGCAGGAACCGCACCUCCUAAUGGGACUUUUUCUCAAAGAAGUGUCCUUUUGACAGGUCACCUCGUCACCGCUAAUAUUGCCCAGGUUUCGGCAGUCAUAUCGGGAGGUGGCCAGCCCCAACCUCCCACUGCUCAAUCAGGAGUGCUGCAGCCCAUCGCCUCGACCAUGUCCUCUGGGCCUGCUACCGCUUCCCAGGUUCCUCCUGCCGUUGCUGCUACAACUUGCAGUUCACGUUUCAGGGUCAUUAAACUUGAUCAUGGUACAGGCGAGCCUUUCAGAAGAGGCAGAUGGACUUGUAUGGAAUUUUAUGAAAGAGAUUCAGAGGGAUCAGUUAUCACCAGGACUGUGGAUAGUAUUCGAAAUGCUAAUGUUUUGGAUCAUAAUACAGACAGAGACAGUGGGUUGGGUGCCACUGGUGGCUCUAUCGCGGCCCCCCUCAGCACAUCAAUGCAAGGACCUGAUGCUGCAGGUGACAAUUUAUUAAUUGCUGCCUCCCAGUUGCAUCAGUCUGAGGGGACCACUCCGUCAUCUCAGCAACAAACCUACAGCAUAGGACAACCAAGUGUGGGCGGGUCUGUGGCACAUGGUUGUUUUCAGCCACAAGUGUAUUCUCCGCUAACUGCACCCAGCCAACAAAUGCUUGUUCCUCCGGUGCAGACACCGGUCACUACACAACCAUCAGCACCACAAACUCUCUUGCCCCAAGUACACAGUGGGAUAAGUAUUCAGUCACAGAGUGUGCCAUCACAGCCGCCUGGCAUAGUCAUGCCUUCACAACAGCCAACAAUACAGAAGCCCGCCAGUGUUGUACCAGUGACUCAGCCACAACAGUUUCCUUUUCAGGGUCAACCUCCGCAAGUUCCCCCUGUUCAUCUGUUGCCAACACAAACUACUUUGGUACCGAGUACACAGUCGGAUUAUCUGCAGCAUCUGCCUAUCAUUCAGCAAGCCCAGCAAAAUGUGCAAGGAUCAACAGCUCAGACUCUUCAAGUUUCUAGUCUUCCAGUGGGCCAAUCUGUUAUCCAUGGUUCCUCACCAGUGAUAACACCUGCUGCCCCUGGAGCUCAACUGUUAGGUCUGCAGACUCAGCCAGGUGAUUCAGCAGGCCAAGGUGCUGGAGUCAUCCAGGGCACAUCAUCAGCUCCUACUCUGUGUGUCUUGCAGCAACAAGGAGGAGGUGUGGUACAGCAAGGUGUAGGAGCUGUGUCUGUAGUUGCACAACAGCAGCCUCAGCCUAUGAGUCAACUCCAGCCUCCAGGGGUGGGUGGAAGCAGUCAAGUUUCAGGAGUGCCCAGCGGUCCUCACCCCGUUGUUGCUGCUAUCCAAAAUGUGCCUGCCAUAGUGCCCACUAUUGGUAUGACAAGUGGGUCUAGUAGUGUGCCUGCUGUAGUGCCCAGUGUGUCCAGCACUCCAGCUACAAUGCCAAAUGUUCCCUCAACAAUAGGACAAUCAUCACUUCCCAGUCAGUCACAGUCUCCUAGGAGUACAACGUUAUCAUCACAGACUGGGGGACAGAUCAUGCAGAACAUAGCAAAUAUUGUACCCAACCUUCCCCAGACUAACUUUGUCCAGUUUCAGGCCCAGUCUCAGGCUGCAGUCAGUCAAGCAGAUGAGAACAGAAGGAUGUCUGAUGUCCUACCUCAGCCUCCUGUUAUUUCUGGGAAAGAGCCUGUGAAGCCUUCAGUUCCAGAGAAUCAGUCUGCAGCCACCCCUGUUAACAACCUUCCAUCAGUAUUAAGAAUUCAACUUCCCAUUGACGGGGACGAAGAAAGGAAUCCUUCCACUGCCUUCUACCAAGCCUUUUCUGGUAGCAAGAUCCAGGAUUCAAAGAACAUCAGCAAUGGCACAUCUGUAACCAGUGCUGCCAUUGAUAACAAAAUCGAGCAAGCAAUGGAUUUAGUUAAAAGCCAUUUGAUGUAUGCAGUUCGAGAGGAGGUCGAAGUGUUGAAGGAGCAGAUUAAAGAAUUGUAUGAGAGGAACUCUGUGCUAGAAAGAGAAAAUGCACUUUUAAAAUCGCUGGCAAACAAUGAACAGCUGUCUCAGCUUUCCGUACAGCUCUCCAGUCCCAGUAACUCUUCUUUGCAGCAGCAACAGCAUUCUGCAGCGCCUCCGGACAUCAGCCAGCCAGCGCAACUUCAGCAGCAGCAGCCUAAUGUCUCCUCUUCGUGAAACUUUGUGGGGGGAAAAGAAAUAUAUAUAUAUAUUUAAAUAUAUAUAUAUUUAAAUAUAUCAUUUUUUUAUUUGCUCUGGUGGCUUCUUUCCUUUACCAGUCUGCAAGUGAAGAGCCAUGCUUUGAUGUAUUUGCUGUUUGGCCUUCCCAGUAUUAGACAAUCAAGUGAUGGAAAGCCUGAGGUGUCCAGGUCGUGAAUGUAGCUUACUGUGAUUGGCUGCAUGGAUUCGGUUACGGUGUGGUAGCCGUGGACAGUAUACAUGGGACACCUUGAUCUACCAAGGCUUCUGUGGAGUUUCGUUUUGGCCUUGUCUUCAAAUUGUAAGAAAUGUGAGUCUCCUUACCAAGUCGCCAUGCAUCAGUCUAGGCAAUUGCACACACAAGUUCAGUUUUACUUUUGUGUUUAUUUAUUAGAGGGCUGCUAUUUUCAUAAUGCAAAUAAACUUUGUCACAGAAUCAGUUUAAUUCUGAAUAUUUUAAAUGCGUAAAAAAAAAAAAAAUUGGUAAUACAAUGUAUGGGUGGAAUUGCAUAAGAUAGUUAAGAUAUAUAGGCAAUAAAAUUAAAUCCUGGCAUAGAGCUAACACUAAUGGCAAUUUUACUUUUGGGAUUGUUUAUUUACAAUAGUUUAGAUCCAGUUUGAAUGUAAAUUUUGUAUAGAGUGUAAAGUAUAAAGAGUGUAGCAAGCUUGUACAGUUAGAAAUCAGUUCUCAUGAUAUUACAAAAAAAGUUAAGUUGUGAUGGGCAAUUUGGAUGAAGAAAAACUUUGCUCAUUUCUGCUGUUAGUUUCUUUAUUCAAAAAAGAAAAAUGCCAUACUUCCCUCUGCUUGCUUUCUUUUUUUAAAAUGGUAAAAAGUAAGCAUUUUUUGCAUUUUUGUGGGGGGAGAAGAAAGAGAACAGAAGCUGUGAAAUAGUUCAACCUACUUUGUAACCAAAGAUGCAAAGCUGUGUAAUUCAAGUUUAUUUUAUAAUGCACACUCUGUAUUUUUCAUUUAUUCUAUUUUUGUUUCCUUCACGCAUCAUUACUUGCUGUUUAGCAUGUCCUGCAUGAUCUGUAUUUUUUUUUUUUCCAAACCACUUUCUUACCUCAAGUUUUUAUUCAGCACUCUUAUUGUAACAUAAUUUAGUCUGUGAACAUUGUCUAUGACAAACGAAUCAAGAGCUGGUGUUAAUGGAGAAAAGCUAGUGUUACUUGGGCACUAGUAGGAAAAUGAAGUGAGCCAUCUUUUGUUCAUUUGAAUGGUGUUUUUUGAAUUUCAUAUGCAGAAGAAAAGUUUUGUUACAGUGCAGAUUUUAGUGUAUUUAAUAAAUGCAACAUUCAGAAUCCAAGUGUAGUGUACACUGAGUAUUUAAAUUAAACUUGUACAUUUCAUAAAUACAGUUUGAAAAGAUAAUUGUCUAUUCAAAAGUGUCAUUUUUUGUAUGUAUGUUCUUAAAUACAUAUGCCUUUGAUGUUGUUGGGUUUUUUUCUUACUAAAGUAAAAAAAAAUCUUUUAUUACAA